AUGUCUCAUAAACGACGUUUCGGCCACUUCCCCUCUGAUGAGACCUCAAGGAGGAAGAGAAAGAAGAAAUACCAUAUAGAGGAAGCUACUGAUGGUUUAGAUAAGGAUACGAGGACGGAACCUCUUAAGCCCAAACCACCAUCAAACCUCGCUAUGAAUGGCCUAUCAAAGGAAGAUUGGAAGGCCCUAGAAGCUUCCCAAGAGAAGCUGCCACGAUUUCUCUUUCGCGCUUUUGGUCGGAAGUCUGGCGGCAACGCUCGUCUCAAUAAAGUAACCGGGAUUGUCCCCCGCGGGUUCCUUAAAGGCAAGAAACCUACCAAUAUAUACGAUAUUCCGUAUCUCCAUGGAAUGAUCUGUAAUCAUUAUCAAGGGGGGCGUCGUUACAAUACUGAAUUUAGUUCGUGGGCAGCCUGUAUCACUAUUGCUAUCUUUACAGUGAACUACGGAACAUGCAAGGAGUACGUCGCAAUUAUUGAUCGGACAUUGUUAGCUCCACAUGUCAAAAUUUAUCACGUCCCAGAUCUCUUCGAAAACAUUGGUCCUAAGAGAUGCUGUCGCGGUUUCCAUGAAUAUUUAGCAUACGGCCCUAUCAAUGGACCUGCGUUACACUGUGUUUCAUAUCGAGAUAUCAUUAACAACGGUUAUCAUAGCGUUGCCGGGCACUCAUAUCAGAUCCAUUCAUUUUCACGACCUAUAUUUGAAAACGUGGAUAACAGAGUGACCACGGCGAAGAAACUGGCGAGUCUUUUCCGCCCAUCCCACGAUAAACGUCCCGAUAUUAUCAUAGCGCUUACAGCGGCUUUUGCAAGUCUAUCGUUUUGCGGGCCCGGAACGACGUCAAGUGGAAUAGUAAACAAGGAGCUUCUUGAAAGCCUUCUUUAUUAUCUUCAUGACGAGCUCAAUACUAUCAAGUCACCGCCUGCUGGUUACAAGCAGCUAGCUCUCGUCAAUAGUAACAUGUAUACUUAUGGAUUUCCUCAGCUCCAACAAAUGGUUGCUCUGCUAGGGAGUAUCGAGGACGAAAUCAGAAACUACAAAUAA